AUGUCGGAAGUUCUCCGGAGAUACGAGGAACUCUCAGAAAUCUUUUCGGAGAAAAACAAUUAUUCCCAAAGUCGGGAACUGCUGAUUAAGGAGGGGACCUCAAAGUACCCGACAUUGGACAAGAAACAUUUGAAAAAACCAAAGGACCAUAAACUGCCAGCCCUGGUACAGGGGACCGUACCCUAUCUGGGAACAUUCCUCACCGACCUGGUCAUGUUGGACACAGCAGUGAAGGACUAUGUAGAGGACGGGCUGAUUAACUUCGACAAGAGGAGAAAGGAAUUUGAGAUUAUCGCCCGGAUCAAGUUGCUUCAGAAGGCGUGUCGGAACUACAGCUUUGAGAGGGAGCCCGAGUUUCUCCACUGGUUCGACAGACUGGAUACACUGAGUGAGGAUGAGAGUUACAGGCUAUCGUGCGAACUGGAGCCGCUAGAGAUAUCAAGUCCACAGUUGAAAACCCGGCCUACUCUGGUGAUCACUCCUUGCGAUGACUCAGCUCCCAUGCCGAGUCCUGGCCUGAUGUCCGGAGGACAAGUUCAGUGGGAAUGUCCUGCUUCACCACCGCUGGAGUCGGGCGGUGUUCCGGAGAUGUUGGGAGCCAAGGAAAACUCUCUGUGGCCCAUCAAUGCCCUGCUCGGCAAGGUUCCCUGGCGCCCGAAGUUCCCGUCCAUCUCCUCGCUGGACUCGGCUGGCAUCGAACCCUCGCCCGCCUGCCCCCCUUCCCCCGGCGGCCUGUCUCCCGCCGCGGCCUACGCCAAGGGUCACCGCCGCUCGGCCUCGUGCGGUGCAUCCUACGCCUCCCCGUCUCCCGCCGGCUCGCCGCGGACCGAUUGCCGCAUCAUCCGCGUGGGCCUGGACCUGGCCAAUGGCAACGUCUACAAGAGCAUCCUGGUGUCAAGUCAAGACAAGACUCCUGCAGUGGUGGGAAAAGCUCUGGAGAAGCACAAUCAGGACCCGAAUAUUGCCGGCUCUUAUGAGUUGGUUCAGAUCCUGUUGGAGGAUAAAGAGUUCACCUUCCCGUAUAACGCCAACGUCUUCUACGCCAUGGCGUCCGGCAGUAUUGACUUUGUCCUCAGGAGGAAGAGACAUUCAUCGGCGAAACCCAAGACCGAGCAUGGAUCGCCCUUUCCCAAGAUCAGGAGCAAGGGAAUGAAGAUCGCCAAGGCCCUGUUCUAGAGAUGACUCGACAGUUAUACAGGGUCUUGGUGAGACCACACCUGGAGUAUUGCGUACAGUUUUGGUCUCCAAAUCUGAGGAAGGACAUUAUUGCCAUAGAGGGAGUGCAGAGACGGUUCACCAGACUGAUUCCUGGGAUGUCAGGACUGUCUUAUGAAGAAAGACUGGAUAGACUUGGUUUAUACUCUCUAGAAUUUAGGAGAUUGAGAGGGGAUCUUAUAGAAACUUACAAAAUUCUUAAGGGGUUGGACAGGCAAGAUGCAGGAAGAUUGUUCCCGAUGUUGGGGAAGUCCAGGACAAGGGGUCACAGCUUAAGGAUAAGGGGGAAAUCCUUUAAAACCGAGAUGAGAAGAACUUUUUUCACACAGAGAGUGGUGAAUCUCUGGAACUCUCUGCCACAGAGGGUAGUUGAGGCCACACAGUUCAUUGGCUAUAUUUAAGAGGGAGUUAGAUGUGGCCCUUGUGGCUAAGGGGAUCAGGGGGUAUGGAGAGAAGGCAGGGAUGUGAUACUGAGUUGGAUGAUCAGCCAUGAUCAUAUUGAAUGGCGGUGCAGGCUCGAAGGGCCGAAUGGCCUACUCCUGCACCUAAUUUCUAUGUUUCUAUCAGGAGAGGUUGAGCAGGCUGGGGACUCCAUUCCUUGGAGCGCAGGAGGAUGAGGGGUGAUCGAGAGAGGUAUAGAGAGAGGUGUACAAGAUUAAUUCUUGAUUGGUACGGGUGUCAGGGGUUAUGGGGAGAAGGCAGGAGAAUGGGGUUGGGAGGGAGAGAUAGAUCAGCCAUGAUUGAAUGGUGGAGUUGGCUUGAUGGGCCAAAUGGCCCAAUUCUGCUCCUGUUAACUUAUCAAUCCCUCCCCUCCUCCACGAUCGUGAAGACCAGGAGGAGAGGAAAGGUGCUCGGCUGGUAAGGCAGCAUCCGUGAAGGGAGAAACAGAGCGAUGGCCUUUGGUCUGAACAGGGAGAGAGAGACGGGGAGAAACACAGAGGGAGAGAGUUGGGGAGAUAACACGAUGAUGAGCGUUUGGCAACACUGGGCCUGCACUCGCUGGAGUUUAGAAGCAUGAGGGGGGACCUCAUUGAAACUUGCCGAAUAGUGAAAGGCCUGGAUAGAGUGGAUGUGGAGAGUUGGGAUGUAAUGUUAAAAUUGUACAGAGGGAUCUGGGUAUAACCGUGCAUAGUUCCUUGAAGGUGGAAUCUCAUAUAGAUAGGGUGGUAAAGAAAGCUUUUGGUAUGCUGGCCUUUAUAAAUCAGAGCAUUGAGUAUAGAAGCUGGGAUGUAAUGUUAAAAUUGUACAAGGCAUUGGUGAGGCCAAAUCUGGAGUAUGGUGUACAAUUUUGGUCGCCAAAUUAUAGGAAGGAUGUCAACAAAAUAGAGAGAGUACAGAGGAGAUUUACUAGAAUGUUGCCUGGGUUUCAGCAACUAAGUUACAGAGAUAGGUUGAACAAGUUAGGGCUUUAUUCUCUGGAGCGCAGAAGGUUAAGGGGGGACUUGAUAGAGGUCUUUAAAAUGAUGAGAGGGAUAGACAGAGUUGACGUGGAAAAGCUUUUCCCACUGAGAGUAGGGAAGAUUCAAACAAGGGGACAUGACAUGAGAAUUAAGGGACUGAAGUUUAGGGGUAACAUGAGGGGGAACUUCUUUACUCAGAGAGUGGUGGCUGUGUGGAAUGAGCUUCCAGUGGAAGUGGUGGAGGCAGGUUCGUUUUUAUCAUUUAAAAAUAAAUUGGAUAGUUAUAUGGAUGGGAAGGGAAUGGAGGGUUAUGGUCUGAGCGCAGGUAUAUGGGACUAGGGGAGAUUAUGUGUUCGGCACGGACUAGAAGGGUCGAGAUGGCCUGUUUCCGUGCUGUAAUUGUUAUGUGGUUAUAUUUAUGGUUAUAUGGAUGUUUCCACUGGUGGGAGAGUCUAGGACCAGAGGGCACAGCCUCAGAAUUAAAGGGCGCUCGUUUAGAAGGGAGGUGAGGAGGAACUUCUAUAAUCAGAGGGUGGUGAAUCUGUGGAAGUCAUUGCCUUGGUGGGCGGUGGAGGCCAAGUCAGUGGAUAUUUUUAAGGCAGAGAUAGAUAGAUUCUUGAUUAGUGCGGGUGUCAGGGGUUAUGGGGAGAAGGCAGGAGAAUGGGGUUGGGAGGGAGAGAUAGAUCAGCCAUGAUUGAAUGGCGGAGUAGACUCGAUGGGCAGGGUCCACUCGCUGUCAAGGAUUUGGAGGGGGGGGGGGGAGGAGGAAGCGGGAAGGGGGCAGAGAUUGAAUUUGGCCUGAUGAGAAUUCCCCGGGAUCGGGAAAAGCACACGGACUCAAGUUCGCCAGGUUAAUUCCCGGGAUGGCAGGACUGACAUAUGAUGGAAGAAUGGGUCGACUGGCCUUGUAUUCACUGGAAUUUAGAAGGAUGAGAGGAUAUCUUAUAGAAACAUAUUCAAUUCUUCAAGGGAUUGGACAGGCUAGAUGCAGGAAGCAUGUUCCCGAUGUUGGGGGAGUCCAGAACCAGGGGUCACACAGUUUAAGAAUAAGGGGUAGACCAUUUAGAACCGUGCAUAGUUCCUUGAAGGUGGAAUCUCAUAUAGAUAGGGUGGUAAAGAAAGCUUUUGGUAUGCUGGCCUUUAUAAAUCAGAGCAUUGAGUAUAGAAGCUGGGAUGUAAUGUUAAAAUUGUACAAGGCAUUGGUGAGACCAAAUCUGGAGUAUGGUGUACAAUUUUGGUCGCCCAAUUAUAGGAAGGAUGUCAACUAAAUAGAGAGAGUACAGAGGAGAUUUACUAGAAUGUUGCCUGGGUUUCAACAACUAAGUUACAGAGAUAGGUUGAAUAAGUUAGGUCUUUAUUCUCUGGAGCGCAGAAGGUUAAGGGGGGACUUGAUAGAGGUCUUUAAAAUGAUGAGAGGGAUAGACAGAGUUGAUGUGGACAAGCUUUUCCCUUUGAGAAUAGGGAGGAUUCAAACAAGAGGACAUGACUUCAGAAUGAAGGGACAGAAGUUUAGGGGUAAUAUGAGGGGGAACUUCUUUACUCAGAGAGUGGUAGCGGUGUGGAAUGAGCUUCCAGUGGAAGUGGUGGAGGCAGAUUCAUUGGUAUCAUUUAAAAAUAAAUUGGAUAGGCAUAUGGAUGAGAAGGGAAUGGAGGGUUAUGGUAUGAGUGCAGGCAGGUGGGACUAAGGGGAAAAAAAGUUGUUCGGCACGGACUUGUAGGGCCGAGAUGGCCUGUUUCCGUGCUGUAAUUGUUAUAUGGUUAUAAUUAG